AUGGCGAACCAUGUUAGAGACACGCAAACUUCUGAAGCGGCGAAGAUUCGUCUGAGCCAUGAUUCCAUGAAUAAAAAAGGACAAGGUAUUAAUCUCAACGAUGUCGACGGGAUCGAGCCUAGUCCGGAAACAUAUGCAACCAUCAUAGCGACAAACAAGCCGAAUCCUCGAGGUCCUGGCUAUAUUCAGCUUUACCUUCUAGCUGGAAUGGUUUUUCUUUGCUCUACUAUGAACGGAUUUGACAGCUCAUUAAUGAGCUCUAUUAAUGCUCUUCCAAAUUAUACCAAAUAUUUUGGGCUUCCUGUUAAUGGAAAUGCUUCAACUGGGAUUGUCGGUCAAAUGUGCGGUGCUCUUUUUGUCUGGAUGACAGACUGGUACGGGCGAACAUGGCAUAUCUUCUUUGGCUGCCUUGGCGUCUGUGUCGGUACCAUAAUUACGGCUCUAUCUAUCAAUCUGCCUAUGUUCAUUGGGGGACGUUUUCUUCUAUCGUUCUUCGCUACUUGCGCACACACGGCGGCUCCGCUCUACCUCGUCGAGAUCUCUCCAGCCGCAUACCGAGGAACUAUUGCAGGAGCGUACAACACUUUCUAUAACGUUGGCUCCAUCCUGGCUACUUCUUCUGUCUACGCAUGCCAUCUUCAUCUCGAAGAUCGUGGUGAUCUAGACUGGCGUAUUCCCGUGUGGCUGCAGAUGGUGUGUCCUGGAAUAGUUUGCCUUAUCAUCAAGUUCUUCCCCGAAUCACCGCGGUUCCUCAUUGCAAAUGAUCAACAUGAAAAAGCCAGAGAUAUUAUCGCCAAAUAUCGUACUAAUGGUGAUCCUGACCAUCCCCUUGUAACUCUACAGAUGAAAGAGAUGCUGGGGACAGUUCAAGGCACAUCUAAAGCGACCUGGAAGGACCUUCUUGACCUUAGAGUUCUCGUUGAGACACGUUCAAGUAGAUAUAGGCUCAUGCUGAACGUGGCAUUCUCUUGGUUUGGUCAAUUCAGUGGAAACAAUAUCAUCAGUUAUUAUCUUCCUAUUAUGCUGGAUGGUAUUGGUAUUACUGACACUAAUACGAAAUUAAUUCUCAAUAUCGUAUAUUCCGUCAUUGGGUGGGUUUUCUCGGUCUGCGGAGCUCGUCUUCAUGAUGUCGUAGGACGCCGAAAGAUGUUGCUAGGUAGCACUCUGGGAAUGACCAUUUGUCUGGCUCUCGUAGCUGCCGGAGCCGCCGGUAAAGUCGAGUAUGACAACAGUACUGCCGCUACAAUGUCAAUUGUGUUCAUCUUUCUCUUUGGAGCUAUCUUCGCAACUGGUUACACUCCAAUGCAGCCCAUUUAUCCAGCUGAAGUGGUUUCAAACAAGAUGCGGGCCAAGGCAAUGGGAACGUUUAAACUGACUGCUGGGGCGGCCGGCUUCUUAAACACGUUCGUCGGUCCCAUCGCCCUCAUCUCGAUUGGUUAUUGGUUUUACGUGUUCUUCGUAUUCUGGGAUACCUUUGAGAUGGCGUUUAUGUACUUCUUUUUCGUCGAGACCAAAGGAAUGACUCUCGAAGAAUUGGACGCGAUUUUCGAAGCGAAGAACCCGCGGAAGGCUAGUGUUGAAGUAAAGAACGUGCAGAGGAGAAUCAUUAAAGAAGAACGGGCGAAUGACAUAGCAGAUGUGUAG